GAACCACCUUCUAUGGACUUGUCUAUUAAUAAUUCUAUUCCAAUACCCUAACUUGAUUUACUACUGUUCAUAUACUCUCUUCUCGAAAUGAGAGACCCCAAGAGGAGAAAGGUGGACAGCGAUGGCGACGAGACCAUGCGCGAGGCCGACGAUGCAGUCUUUUCCCUCCCCUCCUCGCCCGACGCACAAGACACAGACAGCGGGCCUGAAUCUCCGACGAGACGCUCUGCCACGAGAGCGCGGCCAACGCCCACAUCCACGAGACGGGCACGCCAGGGCGAACCGCCUGCCGAGACACCGACAAGGAGGACAAGCGUGCGCCAGCGCAAGGCUCCGGCAAGAUAUGCGGAUGAGGUGGUUGGAACGCCGUCGUCGGUGAGACGAGCUAGUCAUGUUGAAGAUGCGGAGCAAGAAGAAGAAGAAGAGGAGGAGGAGGAGGAGGAGGAGGAGGAGGAGGAGUCUCCCGCCCCCCGGUCAACACGGCGGACCCGAAUGAAGAAGACGUCGGUGCGCUUCACCACGACGGACACGGAAGAGUCACGAGAUGCAACAGAGCAACAGCCUCUCUCGAUUGAGGAGGAAGAACCGGAUGGGGUUGACGAUCUCAUUGCGAUGCAAAUCCAGCAGGAUCUCGCCCCGGACAAUUCUUGUCCAUCUGGAGACCCCCUCCCGGAUUAUGCUCAGCAGUUUCUCGCAUGCUGCCAGGACGACGAGCUUUACGACGAGCUCAAGACAUUGACGGAAUUCGUCCUGGCAAAGCUCACCGGCAAGCGGCUCACCCCGCUCAAGGGCCUACAGACCGAAUACCAAAAGGUCCAUCAGCUCCUGGAGCAGACGGUGACGGUUGGCGAGGGCAAUUCGAUGCUGAUCCUAGGUUCGCGCGGGUGCGGCAAGACCGCGCUGGUCGAGACGGCGCUGGCCUCGCUUGCAAGGGACCACGGGGACGAGUUCCAUGUGGUCCGUCUCAACGGCUUCCUGCAUACCGACGACCGGCUGGCCCUGCGCGAAAUGUGGCGCCAGCUAGGCCGCGAAACAAAUACGGAAGACGAUGCAGCCAAGGUCAGCAGCUACGCGGAUACCAUGGCAACCCUUCUGGCUCUGCUCUCGCAUCCGGACGAGACAUUCAGCGGGACAGACAACCCGGACUCGACGACCGCGACGGCGAAAUCGGUGAUCAUUCUCCUGGACGAAUUCGACCUGUUCGCCAACCAUGCACGCCAGACACUGCUCUACAACCUGUUCGACAUUGCGCAGGCGCGCAAGGCGCCCAUCGCGGUGCUCGGGAUCACCACCAAGGUGGAGGUGACGGAGAUGCUAGAGAAGCGGGUGAAGUCGCGCUUUAGCCACCGCUACGUGUUUGCACCGCUUCCGCGGACGUUUGAGAUCUUCUCCGACAUCUGUCUCGCGGGGAUGGAUGCAGACGAACUGGACAGCCUUGAAUCGAAGCGGUGGAAGUUGAUGCUCGACGCAUGGCGAGCAUACUUGAAGGUUUUUCACCUACCUCUAGCCAUUCCAUAAAGCAAACGAGAAACUAACUGUCUAGGGCCUGUGGAGCGAUGCCAGCUUCCAAUCCCACCUGCAACGAAUCUUCCACCAAACCAAAUCCGUCAAGGAAUUCUUCACCAGCGCUUUAAUCCCCCUCUCGGAGCUAC